AGUGGAUAUCACUUGCACUCUGUUGCUGCUCAAUCCAGACCUCACCACUGCGUGGAAUGUCAGGAAAGAGUUAAUGCAGUCUGGUGUUCUUAACCCAGAGAAAGACCUUUACCUUGGCAAGCUGGCUCUCACCAAGUUCCCCAAGAGCCCAGAAUCAUGGAUACACAGACGGUGGGUGCUGCAACAUAUGCUGCGUCAGUUACGUGCUGUGAACCACCACAAAAGCCAGCAAGAGGUUGAAGCAGAGGUUGAUGCAGAAAGGACUCAACAUGUCAGUGAUCAACUUUCCCGAAUAAUUUAUGAAGAAAUGACGGUGUGCUCUGAUGCUGCCUGCCGGUAUCCCAGUAAUUACAAUGCUUGGUCUCAUCGCAUCUGGGUGCUAAGACACAUGGCCAAAGGCAACAUUAAGGGAUGUCGUGAUAUAGCUCAGGGCAGUAUAACAGUCCCCUGGUCUCCAACAACGUGCACAAAAUGGUAUGCCAUUGGAUUCUUCACUAAGGAACCCAGUUUACUACAUCGAUCUAAAGGAUGUCGGGAUACAGCUCAGGACACUACAACACCCCACCUGGUUGCAAUGAUAAGUGAACAAGCUGUCAUCUAA